GGUACACAAGAGGUAGACACUUCUAGCAUUCGCACCACGGACAAUCAACGAAGAAGUUGAAAAACUCGCGUGUACCUUCCCGGUGAAUUUCCGCGCGCGAAUGCGAGUGCCGAGUUUUUACCGAGCUGUUGCGCAGCAGAUCUGCUAGCGUAUAGGCAUCUAGAAUUUUUCGAGUUGCGCGAGCGUGAAAGUAAAAGUUGUUGCUCUCCGCGCUCGUGGUGCAGCAAAGAUUAUAUACAUACCUACGGUGGAGGAAAGUGAAAUGCGCCGGGGAUGAGAUAAUAACUCCUUAGAUGAAUCGAAAAUUUUUCGCGGAGCUGCCUCGAGAUCUCCAACCAGUGCGAUUUUGUCUUUCGCGAGUUUAUGUUCUUGAUCUGUUACUUGGGAAGGCCACUUCUGGAAGUCUCCAGAGCGUCCUAAAGUGUCGGCUCGCGUCGUCGCCCGGAGGGAGUGGAAAGUGGAAGUGUGGCGGGAGCCAGACUGGGCUUUUCUGCUGCUCCAGCCAACGUCGCAGAUCCGGAAUCGCGAGUGGCGUGACGACAACGAGGCUCGCGCUCGCUUGAGUGCUGGGUGCAACGGCUGGGCCCUGCUGCGUGCGGCGCGCCGAGCUCAUUCGACGAGCCAUACCUGUCGCGAAUGCAAAUGCAUACUGGCACUUAAAUGCAUAUACAUAGAUAUUGAGACGCAGAGAACUGCCAGAGGCAAAAAUGUUGGACACCGGUACUGUGCGGCUGGUGAUACUUCUUGGCAUGUUCCUGUACUUUGCCGGCGACUACAACAUGCUGAUGGGUAUAGUCUGGGGUACAGGAGGCGAGGUGAAUCACAAGGACUCGGGAGUAAAGGGAUUGGCCAAGGGAGUUUCCAAGGAUGGAAUCAACUUCGAUCGGAAUUUCUUUGGUGGUGCGAGGAAAGAUUACGAGGAUGGUGAUGCAGCGGCUCGGCGAGCCAAGAUGGUGACGACGAUCAAGCAGUCCUGCCUGCCGAAGCUCAUCUGCGAGCUGACGUCGAGCGGCCAGCAGGACCAGCUCAGCGAAAUGGAGCGUGCACUUCUCAACCUAAUCAGAGAUACGAGUCUGAGCACGAUGGCAGAGGUGACGUCAAAAUUCCACUUUGCGGCUCACAUGGGACAACUGAUAGCUGGUAUCGAGGGCCAGGGUUGCCACAACUUCUAUCCAUCAUGUCCACUUCCUGGUGCCAGCGUUCUUAACCUAAUGAAGAAGCUGAGAUUGCGUUAGUUUGAUGGCUCAGAAAAAAAUUGAGAUUUUUCUACAUAUUGAUUUCGUCAAGAUGCUGAGAAUUAGUGGUUUUAUGAUGAAUCCUGAAAAAGUUAUUUUUUGAAAUUUUAUAACCACGCAAAUAAUUUUGUAUGUUGUGCAUGCCUCUGUGAUAUAUUUUUUUAAUUGUCAAAGAACAUUUGAUUAAAUUGUGCCUGUUUUGGAGCAAAUUUUUUUAUGCUUGAUCAUUGUAAAUAUAUUUUUAAACUGUAAAUAAAAAUUUUAGAUUUAGUUUCGAGAUAAUGUAAUUCCGUUCAUAUUGUCAUUUCGAUACUAGUCGAAAUUCUCUGUGAACUUACAUUUUAUGGUUAUUACUUGUAAACUACAUGGAAGUAAUUACGAAUAAGAAUUUCUAAUAAUAAAAAUUAAAAAUAUAUUAGUAUUUUUACACAUGUAAAUACGAAAAUUCAUUCAGUACAAUAAAUUGU